AUGAAGCUGAAGGAUGAGUGGUUGCUGGGUCAGAUAAUGUGCCUUGGCUGGGCCCUAUGGGAGCGCAGGAACAAGCUGGUUUUUGAACACAGAAUCUAUACCGUAGACCAGACUCUGCAGCGGGCUCUCUCGUGCUGCAUGGUUCCUCCACAACCCUCCUCUGCGGCGGUGGCAGCAUGGCUGGAUGGCGAGGUUACCGGUGCAGCAACUCACUCAGUAACCCGCGCACAUGGAGCUCUUGCGCAGGCGGGACCUGGCCCUGGUAGGUGGCAGCCUCCACCCCCACGGUUCUUCAAGCUCAACGUUGAUGUUGCUGCAGCAGCGGAGAGAACCAUGGGUUGCGGGUUUGUGGUGAGAAACACGACGGGUCAGUUAUUGGCUUCAGGUUGUAGCAAGCAUCGAGGAUCGUUGUCGGUGGCUCUUGGGGAAGCACUCAGCUUGCGGUGGGCUCUUCAAUUGGCUCUUGAUCUUGGCUUUCUUCACGUUCUGGUCGAGACAGAUAGCCUCAUUGUGGUCAAUACCUGGCGUAAUAUUAGGAGAAAUAACUCUUAUUUAGCCUCAAUUGUGAGGGAUUGCAUUUCUAUUUCUAGUUCUUUUAUUGCUUUUGAGAUUGUUCAUGCUCGCCGUACGGCGAAUAUGGCCGCUGAUUUUAUGGCCAAGUAUGCUCUUGCUUAUCCUUGUAAUGUUUGGAUUGAGGAUGGCCCUCCGGGUUUGGAGGCUAUUCUCGCCUUUGAUGUUGCUACUUUGCAUGAUUAA